CACCGAUCACAGAAAGAGCCGAAGAUGUCGGCUCGGUCAUAUGAUCAGCUGUGUCCAAUCACAGCUGAUCACUUUCCGUGGAGGGGACAUGUACACUGAUCAUCAGGGCACUGAUGAUCAGUGUGCCCUGAUGAUCAGUGUAGCCCCAGCAGCACCACCUGUCAGUGUCUAUCAAUGCCUUGUGUCAGUGUUCAUCAGUGUCUCGUGCCAGUGCCCAUCAGUGCCACAUAUCUGUGCCUACCAGUGCACAUCAAUGCCACAUAUCAGUGCCCAUCUGAGCUGCCUUUCAGUGUCAUCCAUCAGUGCCAGUCAGUGCCACCUAUCAAUGCAAAUCAGUGCCACCUAUCAGUGC